AUGCCGCACAGUCAUUGCCAUGGAGAGCAUGAUCACGACCAUAGUAAUCCGGCAGAGCUAGGUUUGCAGUAUAAUCUCUAUGCUAAGAUUGAUAAGGAUAACUUGCAGUGCCUAAAUGAAACCAUUGAUGGAUCGGGAAAAACAGUUUUCAAACCAUGGGAAAAUAGACUGGACAGAAACGAGUUUGUUGAAAGUGAUGCAGAUGAGGAAUUACUAUUUAACAUACCAUUCACUGGGAAUAUUAAAUUAAAAGGUAUUAUCAUUGCCUCAGAGGACACAGACUCCCAUCCCUCAAAGUUAAGAUUGUACAAGAAUAAACCUAACAUGACUUUCGAUAAUGUUUCAUUGGAGCCCGAUCAAGAAAUAGAAUUACAUAAGGACAGUGAAGGAAUACUUGAAUAUGCACCAAAAAUAGUCACAUUUUCAUCAGUAUCACAUUUAACUAUGCAUUUCCCCACAAAUUUUGGUGCAGAGAAUACGAAAAUUUACUAUAUUGGACUUAAAGGAGAAUGGGCGCCAGGUCAUAAUCAUGGAGUCACCAUUUGCACCUAUGAGGCGAGACCUAAUCUAGAUGAUCAUAAACUGAAACACUUAGAUUCAGUCGCUAAGGAUAUUCAAUAA